AUGCGCAUCUCCUCUCUGUCACUCCCUUUGGCAGUGCUGAACCUCUUGGGGUCUACUGCCGCUUAUCCACAUCCCGAGACGGAGUCGAUCUCGCGGCGUGCAUUAGACAAACAAGCCAAGGCUGAUGCCGUCAAGGAAGCCUUCCAACAUGCAUGGGAUGGAUAUAUAAAAUACGCGUUCCCUCAUGACGAGCUACGUCCAGUGAGCAAUGGCCAUGCUGACUCCAGAAAUGGGUGGGGAGCCUCUGCUGUAGAUGCACUCUCAACUGCCAUCAUUAUGGGCAAUGAGGAUGCCGUUCAAAAGAUCCUAGAUCAUAUUGAGACAAUUGACUACUCAAAGACCGAUGACCAAGUCAGCCUCUUUGAGACGACGAUCCGAUACCUGGGUGGAAUGCUGUCUGGAUAUGAUUUGCUCAAAGGCCCUGCAGCGCAUCUUGCCUCCAAACCAACUCAAGUGGACGCUCUACUUACCCAAUCCAAGAAACUGGCCGAUGUCCUGAAGUUCGCAUUUGACACACCAUCCGGUGUUCCCUACAAUGACAUCAACAUCACUUCCAAGGGAAAUGACGGCUCGACAACCAACGGUCUCGCGGUCACUGGAACUCUGGUGUUGGAGUGGACCCGUUUGUCCGAUUUGACUGGCGAUGACCAGUAUGCCAAGAUGAGCCAGAAGGCCCAGUCAUACCUUAUCAAUCCCCAGCCAUCGAGCGGGGAGCCAUUCCCCGGCCUGGUGGGAAGCCACAUCAACAUCUCCAAUGGCCAUUUCACUGACAGUUCUGUCUCAUGGAACGGCGGCGAUGACUCGUUCUACGAGUACCUGAUCAAGAUGUAUGUGUACGACCCCAAGCGAUUUGCGUCAUACAAGGACCGCUGGGUCCUCGCAGCCGAGUCAACAAUCAAAUACCUCCAAUCGCAUCCCGAGCCUCGUCCGGAUCUGACAUUCCUGAGCUCAUACUAUAAUGGCCAGUAUGAUCUCAGCUCACAGCACCUGACCUGCUUUGAUGGUGGCAGUUUCAUUCUGGGAGGCACCGUAUUGGAUAGGCAAGACUUUAUCGAUUUUGGCUUGCAGCUUGUGAAUGGCUGCGAGGCUACCUAUAACCAAACCCUAACCGGAGUUGGACCCGACUCCUGGGGCUGGGAUCCAAAAAGAGUGCCGGCCAAUCAAAAAGACUUCUACAAUAAGGCCGGAUUCUACAUCAACAGCGGCGCAUAUGUACUACGUCCCGAAGUGCUCGAGAGCUUCUACUAUGCCUACCGCGUCACUGGUAAAGAGAUUUACCGCGAUUGGGUGUGGAAUGGCUUCAAGGCGAUCAAUGCCACUUGUCGCACCGGGUCUGGCUUUGCUGCUGUAAGCAACGUGAACGCAGUCAAUGGCGGCUCGAAGUACGAUAAUGAAGAGAGCUUCCUCUUUGCUGAAGUCUUGAAAUAUGCGUACCUGGUACAUGCUGAGGAUGCCCCGUGGCAAGUUCAGAAAGGUAUGAAGAACGCGUUUGUGUUCAAUACUGAGGCUCAUCCCGUGCGUGUGUCGCACACCUAG